UGCUCAUUGUGUAAAGAUUUGUUUAUUUACGAAGGAAAAGUGUGGCGAAAGAUUUGAACAUCACCUCUCCCAACAAACGCCAGCCAUGGUGAACGAGAAAAGCCGAAGGUCUCGGUCCCGUGAACGGGACACUCGCCAAGAUCGAGACCGGGAUCGUGACCGGGAACGUGACCGGGAAAGAGAUCGCGAACGCGAACGCGAGCGAGACCGAGACCGGGAGCGGGACCGUGACUGGGACCGACGGCGAGAACGUGAACGGGACCGCCACGUCCCGAUGCGGGAGCGGUUGGGGGACCGCGAUCGCAACGAGCGAGACCGUGAGCGGGAACGAGACCGUGAGCGGGAUCGGGACAGGACGGAUGACAAGGAUAAGCCAAAGAAAGACAAACUGGAAGAGGAGCAAGAGGAAGAGCUUAAGAAGGGGGAAGGAAAACCAGGAAAACCGGAGGCAAAGAAGGAACCGCUCUCGCUGGAGGAGCUGCUGUCAAAGAAAAAGGCAGAAGAAGCAGCUCGGAGCAAGCCAGUCUUCAUAACAAAAGAACAGCGUGCAGCCGAAGCGCUGAAGCGUCGACAGGAAGAAGUGGCCGCCAUUAAAGCUGCUGCCUUUGCAAACGUGCCAAAGUUUGGUGAUGUUCCUGUGACCACGCUGCUGAACCGCGAGAAACGCGAUCCGCUCGAUAAGUAUGAUCGCAGGGAUCGCGAGCGGAAAGCCAUCGAAGACCGGGAGAAGGAUAAAGAUAACGACAAGCGACGCGGAGGAGCAGCUGCUGGUGGUGGCGGUGGUGGUGGUGGUGUGGAAACUGAACCAGUGGUUAAGGACAAGGAAAAGGAACAGGAAGCUAUCCGGGAGCGGUACUUGGGUAUUGUGAAGAAAAAGCGACGCGUGCGGCGUCUAAACGAUCGCAAAUUUGUCUUUGAUUGGGACGCCGGCGAGGACACGUCGCUAGACUACAACAAUCUGUACAAGGAGCGCCAUCACGUGCAGUUCUACGGUCGGGGUCAUGUCGCUGGUAUCGAUAUUAAAGAGCAAAAGCGUAAACAGAGUAAAUUUUACGGCGAUUUACUGGAGAAGCGUCGCACGGAGGCGGAGAAGGAGCAGGAAAAAGUCCGUCUGAAAAAGGUGAAGAAAAAGGAAGAAAAGCAAAAAUGGGAUGAUCGACACUGGUCGGAGAAGGAUGUGGAUGAGAUGACGGAGCGUGAUUGGCGUAUCUUCCGAGAGGACUAUAAUAUCACGAUCAAGGGUGGCAAGAUACCGAAUCCUAUACGAAACUGGACAGAAUCCGGCUUCCCGAAGGAAAUCCUUGAAAUUAUCGAUAAGGUGGGAUACAAGGAUCCGACUCCGAUCCAGCGGCAGGCCAUUCCUAUAGGCUUGCAAAACCGAGAUAUCAUCGGUAUUGCCGAGACAGGUUCCGGUAAGACGCUGGCCUUCCUCAUUCCGUUGCUCACAUGGAUUCAAUCAUUGCCUAAGAUUGAACGACAGGAAACGGCAGACCAAGGCCCGUACGCAAUCAUUCUGGCGCCGACGCGUGAGUUGGCACAGCAGAUCGAAGAGGAAACGCAAAAGUUCGGUACCCCGCUGGGCAUCCGAACAGUGGUCGUGGUCGGUGGGUUGUCUCGUGAGGAGCAGGGCUUCCGGCUACGAUUGGGCUGUGAAAUCGUCAUUGCCACCCCGGGUCGGUUGAUCGACGUGCUGGAGAACCGCUACCUGGUGCUGAACCAGUGCACGUACAUCGUUAUGGACGAGGCGGAUCGUAUGAUUGACAUGGGCUUCGAACCGGACGUGCAAAAGAUUCUCGAGUAUAUGCCGGUUACGAACCUUAAGCCGGACACGGAGGAAGCGGAGGACGCCUCGAAGUUGAUGGAAAAUUUCAACACGAAGAAAAAAUACCGCCAAACGGUGAUGUUUACCGCGACGAUGCCUCCGGCUGUGGAGCGCCUCGCACGAACAUACCUGCGCCGGCCGGCCACGGUGUACAUCGGUUCGAUCGGCAAGCCGACGGAGCGCACAGAACAGAUCAUCCACAUUAUGGGUGAAAACGACAAGCGUAAGAAGCUGAUGGAGAUUCUUUCACGCGGUGUCGAACCACCGUGCAUCAUUUUCGUCAACCAGAAGAAGGGCGCGGACGUACUGGCAAAGGGCCUGGAAAAGCUUGGCUACAACGCUUGCACUUUGCACGGUGGCAAGGGACAGGAGCAGCGUGAGUACGCGCUUGCCUCGCUCAAGAACGGCUCGAAAGACAUUCUGGUUGCCACCGACGUGGCCGGUCGUGGUAUCGACAUCAAGGACGUUUCGCUCGUCAUCAACUACGACAUGGCGAAGACGAUCGAGGACUACACGCAUCGUAUUGGUCGUACGGGUCGUGCUGGCAAGACUGGUUGUGCGAUUUCCUUCUGCACCAAGGACGACAGCCAUCUGUUCUACGAUCUGAAGCAGAUGCUCAUGUCUAGCCCGGUUUCGGUGUGUCCACCGGAGCUGAUGAACCACCCCGAUGCACAGCACAAACCGGGCACCGUCGUCACCAAAAAGCGGCGAGAAGAAAAAAUAUUUGCUUAAAUGUGCGUGCGAGACCGACAUUCAA